ACGACCUUCUUUUUAUAAUUAUCUACCAGAACAUAUUAAAAAAUAUUAUAUUAUAAUUAUAAAUUCACUUCUAGAAGUUGAAUUCUUAAAAGUAAUAUUGUUACAAAUCAGAGUAUAUUUUUAUGUUAAAAUCAUGAACUAUAGUUCGAAUUUUAUCAUUUUUUUAGUGGGCAUUGAAUUAGCCCAACAGAUUUCAAUAAAAGAGCGUCAAGAAAGACAUCUAAAAUUUAUCCAGUUAAUAAAUGAAAUACCAACUUUUAAACCAAGUACAAUUUCAAAUGUUGAAGAAUUAAUAAACUCUAUUAAAACUAACAAUGAUUUUAAUUUGACAACAAUAGAUGCUGUCGCUGAAAAGCUAAAGGAAAUGAGGUGUUCGUAUUCUCUGUUAGCUCUUUAUAUAAUAUACCACAUUGAAUUAGGCAAAGGGCUCCAGAUAGAUUACGUUCAACUAGAAAUAUUCAGUGACAUUUUACAUCGUAUUUUAUCAUUAUUUUACUAUAUACUAAGCUCUGGUUAUCAAGGUCUAUGGACGGCUUCAAUAACUAUUAAUGCCUUACAUGCUGGAAAAAUAUCAUACAAUGAAAUUAAUUUUAAUAAAAUUAUAAAAGAAUUAUUUAUAUAUUGCUCUAAAUGUUACAAUACUGGUCGCUUACCAGAAGCACCAUUAUACUUGUUUGACUAUAAAAAUAAAGGUUAUACAGAAAAGUUUAUUAAUCAAUUAUCUGAUAAGUUAAUGUUGUCACAAUAUGUUUAUCCUGAAUCAUUUGACGAUUUUUAUAAAUUUGCUCAAAACACAAACAUUUUCAGUUNAUGCCUUACAUGCUGGAAAAAUAUCAUACAAUGA